AGUGAUUUUAUGCUAUAAACGGGUGGGGGAUAAGGAGUGGACAGCCUCGCUAUAAACCAGCUUUGGUUUCACUCCGUAUUUGUUUCGGUUCUAUCAUGUGACCCGUGGUACCAGAAGCGCCUUAAUACACAGCAGCUGGACUGAACAUGGACCCACGCCUGUUCAUUGGAGUUGGUGCAUUCCUCCUGAUCUGCGGAUCAGCUCGAGGGUCCAACGAUACCACCCCCCUGGUCAUCUGGCAUGGGAUGGGGGACAACUGCUGCAACCCUCUGAGCAUGGGUGCAAUCAAGAAAAUGGUGGAAGAGGAAGUGCCUGGUAUAUAUGUGUUAUCUCUUAUGAUCGGCAAGACUGUUGUUCAGGAUACUGAAAGUGGGUUCUUCAAGGAUGUUAAUGAGCAAGUGUCCUUUGUAUGUGAGAAACUAGCCCAGGACCCCAAGCUGAAAGCGGGUUACAAUGCAAUGGGCUUCUCUCAGGGGGCACAGUUUCUACGUGCUGUGGCUCAGAGAUGUCCAAAUCCUCCAAUGAAGACUCUGAUCUCAGUUGGUGGACAACAUCAAGGAGUGUAUGGUCUGCCUCGCUGCCCCGGGGAGAGCUCUCAUAUUUGUGACUGGAUCCGGAAGAAGCUCAAUUCUGGAGCUUACACAGACGCCAUCCAAAAACAUUUGGUGCAGGCGCAGUACUGGCACGAUCCUCUCAAUGAUGACCUGUACAAACAGCACAGCCUCUUCCUGGCUGAUAUAAACCAGGAGCGGGUGGUGAAUCAGACGUACAAGAAGAACCUCAUGUUGCUGGAGAAGUUUGUGAUGGUUAAGUUCCUGCAGGACAGUGUAGUGGACCCUGUGGAUUCAGAGUGGUUUGGGUUCUUCGUGACUGGUCAGGCUGAGAAGACGGAAACUUUACAGGAAAGCGCUCUGUAUAAAGAGGAUCGACUGGGAUUGGCUGAAAUGGAUAAAGCGGGGAAGCUGGUGUUUCUUGCUACUGAUGGAGAUCAUUUACAGUUCUCUCGCGAGUGGUUCAAUGCCAAACUACUUCCCUACAUACGCUAAAGCCGCAGCAGGAAUGAACAAUAGCCAUAUGAAGCUACACUGUACUGUUUCACACUUCUUACUUAUGUUUCUGUCUCUAAUGACAUUUUACAGAUUGAUUACAAGCCAGUUCUCUUUCGUUUUAUUGCACUGAACUAGUUUUUGUUUUAUUAAACUGGAUUUAAUGGAACUGAAUUUCUAAUAUAUCUGAUCACUUACUAUUGUAUAAUUUUUUAAUCUCAUGAAUAAAUUGUAACAUUUAGAAACCUGA